CUCGUACUCGCCCAAAGCCGCACGCCACAAUGUCGAACGAGUCGGACCAGGUCACCCUCGACACCCCGCACCUGUCGACCACCGUCCUCCCCUACGGCCACCACAUCACGUCGCUCGUCGUCGACCACAAGACCGACGUCCUCGCCGGCUUCCGCGACGCCGACGUCUACCACCACUCGAUCUCGAAUCGCGCCUUCCUCAACGCCGUCGUCGGCCGCUACGCCAACCGCCUCCCCUCGGGCGAGACCCUCCUCUCGACCGGCGCCAAGCUCCACCUCCCCGGCGCCGCCGGCGUCUGCCUCCACGGCGGCGAGGCUGCGUUCGACACGCUCCCGUGGGCCCCAGUCGAGCGCUCCCAGUCGCUUCUGUUCGCCCAGGACGACCCAGACCACCCGGUGCCGCCCCCGCCGUCCGACCCGAACGAGCCCGUCUCCGAGUCGUCGACCCUGCACCGCCUGUACUCGCCCGCCGGCGCCGAGGGCUUCCCGUGCUCGCUCGAGGUCGAGGCCCUCGUCGUCGUCCUCGCGCCCGUCAAGCGCGACGGCGCCCACACGACGGCCGAGGACAAGCAGGGCACGAGCCUCGGCAAGGUCAAGGUCGUCCUGAGGGCCAAGAUCCGCGAGGACGGCGACGACGACAUUGCCAAGGGCACGCCCGUCAACCUCACCGUCCACUGGGGCUUCCGCCUCGACGACGGCAACGAUAAGGACGUCCUCGGCCACCACCUCUGGCUCGACUCGAACAAGCUCGCAGCGCUCGACGAUUCGGGCCUGUCGACCGGCGCGCUCGAGCCCGUCAAGGAGGGCUCGCCGCUCGACUUUUUCUCGCAAGGGCGCGAGGGUCCGCACAGAAAGAUCGGCGACAAGUACCCCGAGGGCGGCGUCGACCGCAACUUCCUCUUCUCGCACCCCUCGAGCUCGCUUCAGCCGUCGCCCCUCGACCAGCCGACGUCCGAAUCGUCGCAGUGGUCGCCCCGCCUCCCGACCACCCCUCAAGCGAUCCUCACCUCGCCCUCGUCGCACCUCUCGCUCCGGUUCACGUCGAAUCAGUCGUCCGUCCAGGUGUACACCGCGCCCGGGCUCGACGGCACGGGCCCGGUCCGCAAGGAGGCGCACGGCGGGCCCGCACGAGACGCCGACAAGGACGGCGCGGCGAGUGCGGCCAAGGACCGCGCGACGAGCAAGGGCGACGGCUACGGCGCCGACUCGCUCGUGUUCCUCGAGUUUCAGGCGCCCGUCGGCGCCGUCGUGCACGCUGCGGGCGCCCACAGCGGCGAGGGCGAGCGGCCAGAGCUCGCGCGGUGGAUGCGCGAGCGCGCCGAGGCGCAGGGCGUCAACCUCGACGAGGGCAAGAAGGGCAGGAGCUGGGAGGCCGACACGCUGUUGCGCAAGGGCCAGGUGUACGAGAACUGGGUCGAGGUCGAGGUCGUGCGGCUCGAGUGA